AAAUAGGAGGUUAAGCAAUCAUGUCUGACGUGUCGAAGGAGAAACAACAUAAAAAAAAGAAGAGGAUUCUAAGAGAAUUGCACCAUGGCAACAAAGCCAAAGAAACUUUCAGCAGCACAAAGGACUCUAUAAGUACGGUGUCCACCUUAGACGAAUUUGGACAACGUGGUGAAAAUGCCUAUCCAGUUGUGACUUUGGAGAACACUUACCAACUGGGACCUCACAGUCACAAACGCUUCCCAGUUUCUGCAGUUGCAGACAUACUGAAGGAUUUGCUUACAAGCUACCUUGAACAGGAGACGUACGAGGUGGAGUGGUCUCGGCAAAUGACAAAAACACUAUGUGAGGUGAUAAAAGCCCAUGUGAAGGAACUCAUGAUUCCUCGAUAUAAGCUUGUUGUCCAAGUUCACAUCGGUCAGCUCAGUGGACAGGGCAUGCAGAUCAGCAGCCGGAGUCUUUGGGAUGAAACAAAUGACACUUUUGCUUCGUGGUCUUUAAAGAACGGGUCUCUGUUUGGUCAGGCCACUGUACAUGGUGUUUACUGCGAGUGAAUCUGAUGACCACAUGAAUUCCUCGGAGCACAUACUGGCACUAAACAGACUGUGGCUGCUCAAGUUCAGCUGCAUUAUGCAAAAGGGAAAUUUUACAGGUCAUACCUUAAGAUCACUGUAUAUAAUCAUCAACAGUAGUGUUUUGUUUUUGUUUUUUUUGGAGCUAUUACAGCAUAUGAUCACCUAUCUUAGUGGUUUCUUUUUUCCUUAGAGCUCCCCGAUUUGUUUCUAGGAAAAGGUGAGCUCCCCCAAUCCACAUAAAUGCUCACACAAACUAAAAGAUGAGUCAAAGAUUAUUCAAAUAUGUACAUCUGUUGCCUGUGAG